AAGGAAAAGAAUAAUUCGAAGGGUGAAAAAAAGGAGGAGAAGAGAAGGAGAGAGAGAGAGAGAGAGAGAUAGAGAGAGAUAAAAGAAAGAAGAAAAAGAAGAAAAUGGGCUGCAACACGAGCAAGGAAAGCGUCCAGCCAGCUGCUGAGGAAGCGAAGGAGGAUGUCAAGAAUGGAGAUAUUCCAAAAGUAAACGACACUGAAAAUAGUACGAAAGAAACAAAAUCGGAGGAGACUUCGAAGGAGGAUAAGUCUGAAGUAAAAAAGGAGGAGAAUAGUGAAAAAUUAGAAGAGAAAGAAGAGGAAGAAGUAGAAGAAGACGUUUCGGAUCAACAUAAGGUCGAAGCUGCAACAAGGAUACAGGCAGCAUUUCGUGGACAUCACGCGAGAAAGAGUAUGAAAGAGACUGAUACCUCGAAACAACAAACGGGGACCAACAAAUCAGAAUCCGAGCCUACCAAGGAAGAAUUACAACAGGAAUUCCGUGCCGACGAUAAAGAACUCUGCAACGCAGCAACAAAGAUACAAGCAUCUUUCCGUGGCCACAUGUCGAGAAAGGAACAAGCCGCAGCAGCUCUCGUCAAAUCGGCGGGAGAAAUCGUUGAAAAUGCUGCUUCCAAAAUAGAAAAGAAGGUUGAGGAUGCUGUCAACGAAUUAGAGGGUAUAGAUCUAACGGAUCCGGAUUUGCAUAAGGCAGCGACAAAAAUUCAAGCGAGCUUCCGAGGUCAUAAGGUUCGCCAAGAGGUUUCCGUUGCUCCUAACACCGAAGCCGAGGAUAAGAAAUAAGAUGGCGGUCGGGCGUGUCGGCCAUCUUGGGAAGAGGACCGAAAGUGAUUUUUUCGUAUAUUCCCAGGAAGCGAUUAAGGCAGCUAGUUUCUCGAGGAAGAAAAAAAAGAGAAAAAAGGAGGGAGAACAAAUAAAAAAUAAAGGGGAGGAAGAAGAGGAGGAGGAGGAGGAGGAGGAAGAAGACGAAGAGAAAGAAGAAGAAAAAGAAGAAAAAGUAGAAAACGAAGAAAACCAUGUUACAAGAUCUCCUCCUUUAGGCGAAACGAGGACGACAAAUUGAGCGGAUCAUUACGCGAACGUCGGAUCAGUUUCACUUUCGUUCCCUUUUCUUUCUUUUUUCUUCUUCUUCUUCUUCUUUCUCUUCUUUUUUUUCUCCUCAUUCAUUCUCGUGAAUUCGCUCGAAGAUAUUCGUAUUUCUUCCUGAAUAUUUCUUUUCUCUUUCUCUCUUUUUUCUCUUUUUUUUAUUUUUUUUUUUUAUUUUCAAAUAAAUCCUCAAACUUUGGAGAAGAGAAAUUUCCGACGAUGCUCGACAUCGUGACGUGUUUGAAACGAGCAAGGAAAAAAUUAUUCAAAAGGGGGUGAAGGGGAAGGGGAAAGAAAUCGACGAGAAGUAAAUGUCAGAUUUUUUCUUUUCGUAUUUGUUAUCAAAAAAAGAAAAGAAAAGAAAAAGAAAGAAAAUGAAAGGAAGGUAAAGAUAAAGAAAAAAAAUAAGAGAGAGUAUAUAUAAGUGAGUUUUCGACGUCCAUAUUUUUUCCUUAUCCCUAUUCCCCUGUCAGUCCCAUUUUCAUUUCGUAACGAAUUCGAUGCUGUGGUAUGUGAAAUCAAUGGAAAAGCAUGAAAUACAUCAUUCGAAAGGGUCAUUAAAAGCUCGAAUGUGAUUCGAUAUGAUCGAAUCUCCGUCUGUCUAUCUGCUUACCUUUCUUUCUCUCUUAUACAUAUAUAUAUAUAUAUAUAUAUAUAUAUAUAUAUACAUACAUAGUUUCAAGCAAACGUAAACGUCGUUGUCGUCUCCUACCCUCUUUCCUACUCCCUAACCCUCUUUAGUGGGCUUAGAGCAAAGCACCGGUAUAAUUAUCGGAAGCGAUUCUAUUUCGAGCAAGGCUAGCAUACAUACACCUAGAUAUACAUAUUACAUACAUAGAUACAUAGAUACAUAUAUAUAUACAUACAUACAUACGUACAUGAAUACAUACAUAUAUGCAUACGUAUAGAACCAGCCUAAAGGGAUAUGUGCUUACGCACCUAGAAAUUUAUUACAGUGAUCUGUGUACGAGAGAUGUAACCCGGUAAUUGAUUUAUGCUUUGACGCGUGCAAUCGUAAUGCCCAUUAAUUCCUAUUCUUCCUUCUUCCUUAGGCCUCCCCUACUAAUCACUUAAUCUCUUUUAUAAGAAGACUAGAUAUAAAAUAGAUAUCUAAUUUUUCGAAAAAUUGUCAAAGUAUGAUCAAUAUAAAUGAAGGAUAAGGAAAAAGUAAUUCGAAUGACGAUCGAAGCUCACAAAAAUUUAUUACUAUUAUUAUUAUUAUUACUACUAUUAUUAUUAUUAUUAUUAUUAUUAUUAUUAUUAUUAUUAUUAUUAUUAUUAUUAUUAUUGUUAUUAUUGUUAGUGCGUAAGUAUACAUCGGCGAUAUUCAAAAAAUUUUGAAAAGCAUAACACAAUCGGUCCUCGCGUUCACCGAGUCAAACUCGAGCUUGAAAACAAAAUAUUUAAAAAGAAAAAAAAAAAAAGAAAUAGAAAAAAAG